AUGAUGCUGGUGUUUACAUCAGAUAGUUUUAAUAAUGAGGAUAAGUUACGACAUAUUCAAACACUCAAGACCCAUAUUAAGAAGGAUAUGAUUGAUUUGACACAAGUGCCGCUUUAUUUGCAAGUUAUAAUGAAAGGGUUGGAGGUUCCUGAGUUGGGAAUACUGAAUGUCAGUUUCAACUCAUUAUCAUAUUUGAUUAAGCGUAUCAGCGUUCAGGAUAAAUCCGGUAACAUCCUAAAGGAUCAAAGUUUCUUGAUCCUUCCUGUUAUUAUCAACAAAUUCAAGGGAACUAGUAGUACUGCCGCUGCUAAGAAGGCGCUUGAGGAUUAUUGGCUUAGCGCACCAGAUGACGUUGAAAAUGCCUUAAUGAAAAUAUCAUUCACAACAACAACAACAACAACAACAACAACAGCUAAUAAUUUGCAAAUAGCUAUAGAGUCUAUCCGAUGGAUGAACCAAGUUUUGAAGACAGUUAGCUUGAAGUUCAAUGUUAUGUCUUUUAUCCCGCACAUUUUACAACUUGUUGCCAAUAAUACACUGAAUGAUGUUUUAUUACAAGCGGUAAGAGAAUUAACCAGUACAGUUGUCUCUAAUUCAAAAGAUGCCAACCUUGUGAAAGCUUUGCAAGAAGAAAUUGAAACAAACAAGAUUUCAAGCGCAGUUGCUUCUAGGAUACUACCUCCACAAACAUCUCUGAGCAACUUGCUGUCUUUGUCUCGACAAAAUACAACAAAUCUUGCUCCAAAUAUCCAGGGACAAAUUGAACGCGACAAUCUGUUAUCGUCGAAUAAAGACGAUGGCGUGGAUGGUUUCUCUUUUGAGGAACGUCUUUCUGUCUUAUUGAACAAAGUUAAUUAUGAGCUAGUAAAAAGCGUGCGUGCGCAAGAAGUACAAGGGCUGACGGAUUUAUACAAUAUAUUUGACUCGUUUGAACCCUACUUUGAAGGAAAAGAAACAGAGUCAAAUUGGAAAAUGCGAGAAAAGAAGAUAAUUGAAGCUCGACAAAUUUUGCGAGGAAAUGCUCCUCACGAAUAUCUUAGUGACUUGUUGAAUUGCUUGCGUUCAUUUGUUACGGGGAUUUGCAAGGGAGCUAGCUCACUUAGAACUACUCUAUGUACACAUGGCUGCCAAUUGAUCAAGGAAUGCGCCAUUAUACUAAGUGCCGAAUUUGAGCCUGUUGCAGAACUCAUAUUUCCAACAUUGAUGAAACUUUGUCUUUCCACCAAAAAUAUUACCUCAACAAAUGCUAAUAUGGUAACGGCAGCUUUAUUUGCCAACUUGCCAUAUAACCAAAGACUAGUACAAAAAGUGAUGACUGCAAUGGAGGAACGAAAUUUUCAACCAAGGUCAUAUUCCGCGAUCUGGUUGCAAAUACUACUCUUGAGAUAUGGUAUGGAUUCUACGUUUUUUGGGCAUCAUGUGAGUACUAUUAUAGAAUCUACUAAUAAGUUGUUGACGAAAUUGCUCAAAGAUGCAAAUCCAAAUGUGCGACAAGUGUCUAAGGAUUGUUAUUGGUGCUAUUCCAGGAUAUUUCCAGAGGAGUCGGAUAAGUUAUUAAAGAAGUUGGAUGCAAUGACAAUAAAAGCAUUGGAAAGAUCACAAAAGGAGCUUGGGGUCCUAGCAACAACCCCCAAGAUGUUGACAACAAAGCCAUCUCGACAAUCUUUAAAGAAGCAAAUUUUGGAAAAGAAUAGGGAGCUUAGGUAUAGCCGGCCAUCCUCUCGUACUGGUACCACUUAUGAACCUACACAAAGAGCAUUACCAUCCAAUCCUUUGCCUAAGCCACAAAGAAGUGUAUCAAAAGUUGAAACAAAAUUGGAGAAAAACGAAUUUAGAAAUAGACCCACCCCUAGAGCAUCGAGUUGGACUCCACAAAGUACAUACCACUCUAGUAGUAGUACAACUACCACUACAAUUACUGCUAAUGAUAAUAAUAAUAAUAACAAUAACAACAAUAACAAUACGAGUGCAAGGGAGCAACUUAGAAGUAGAACUGAAAUUCUGACAAGAUCUCCACUUCAUGGAGAUCGUGUUAUUUCACUUGAACGGAAUCGUACUGUGUUAUCCGAGCCAAUUAUGGAUAAUUCCAAGCUUUUUGUUGACCAAAGGGAUCCCAUUGUUGAUUUUUUGUCGUCAAGGAAUUCUGGUGAUAUAAUGGAAGGAGUGAAUUUAUUGAAAUACGCCAUUAUAGGUAAUGAGGAUUUUACAAGUUCGCACGUGGUUAAAAGUCGACUAAAGUAUAUUUCUGAAAAAGAUGUUAGUUUACUAAAACCAUUGCUAACAUUCAAUGAUUUGGUUUUCAAGAAAUCCUCAAAGCUUUUCACAACCGACGAUUUUGUUCGGAUUUGUGCUUUGGUCUUUAAGGGGUCUGAUGAGCGUAUUUUGGAUUUAAUCACCUCAUGUAUUGAAGUGCCAAUUUUUUUCCAAGCCAGUUUGCAGUUGCUUGCUAGUACCGUUGACUCUCCUGAAAUUGUUGGCAGUCACAAUCUCAAAUUACAAAUAUCCGCAUACCAGAUGGAAAUCGCCAAGCUGGUUCUAGAGUUUCUUCUGAUUUUGCUAACAAAGAUAGUAGUCACUGAUGUACAAUUUGGAGAUUUAUUGAGUGAAUUGUUUAGACUGGUUCUUGUAUUCAAAAGUACUGAGGUCUAUGAUAUAUUGAAACAAUUAUUUUGUCAACUUUAUACUAUAGAUAGCAGUAGGUUCAUCCUGUUGCUUGAAGAUACCGAAAUCGAUUUGAGAGAAGAGAUUGAGCUAAUCGUUGGUGUCGAUAACGCAGUUGCUAUUGAUAAACCAUUGAAUAAAUCUGUUUUCGAGUUUACCCAAUUGAAUCCUCGCGAAAAGGAAACUCAAUUCUCCAAAAGCAUUAACCAAAAAAAACCUUCCUCUUCAUUGUCAUCGUUAUCAGCAUCAGCAUCAGCAUCAGCAUCAUCGUCUUCAUCGUCUUCAUCAUCAUCUGCUGCUGCGGCUACACUUAGGAAUGAUCCAUUUGUAGGUGCACAUCCUUUGAAACUUGCUAAAUCAUUAGCCGCUGAAGAACUCCCUCAAAGUCACGGGAUUACCACCACUGUCGAGCAGCCAGAUUCAUUAGCUACCGAUCUUGCUCAAGUGCAUAUAACCAAAAACAUGUCGAAAUCAGCCGACUUGAAAUCGUUAAAAGCAAUUAUAGAGCAAGUUGAUCCAUUGAACCCUUUGCCCAAUAAGAGAAAGAUUAACAUCUACGAAGAUAAUAAAUAUCAACCUACAUCAAGAAGUGAAAAGACAUGGGAUAAUUAUAAAUUUUGGAGACUAACUUAUGGAUUGGGGUCAUUAAAUUUAGGUUUAUCGAAUAUUGAUCAAUUUGAAAAAAACUGUUUUGAUUUAUCAAAUCUUUUUGGUAUUGAAAAUAUCGAGGACUCGCCAGUUUUGAAAAUAAUAGAAACUUUGGAGCCAUUGGCGACAGCGGAUUUCGAAUUUAGAGAAUAUUUUUUGACUAAAGGUAAAUACAAACUAACCAAUGGAUUAUUGGCAUACUUUCAAAACAUAAAAAAAUUGAAUCACGAUCAGAUCAUGAGUGGAUUAUACCUUCUCAGACAAAUAUUCAAAUAUGAUGAAAGCAUAGAUAUGAAUCAAAUUUGGAAUAUCUUUUACCAUACUUGCUACAAUAUCAAACUCGAUAGCGAAUUAUACAUUGCAUGGAAUGAGAUCAUUUUAAAUAUAAAUCACACUGAAACGAAAUCAUCGUUUGCCAAAAUUGCAUUAGAUUAUCUAGAAAAGGAGAAAAACUUGUCGAUAAGCAUACUGGACAUGUGUUUAAAUUUUCUAGCAAAGAUAUUAAUUGAAGACUCCGAUUUGAAUGAAGAGAAAUUGUAUCGGUUAGACAAUAUAUUGGGGAAAUUAUUCACAAAGAGUGAAGUCAUUUACAGACGCUCGGCAACAAUGUGCUAUAGUAGUUUAUUAAGAAACGAUUCCUUAACUUCAGAACUGAAACAAAUAUUGAACAAAAUGAAAGGAAGGUAUUCGAUAUCUCAACAAAGGUUGAUUGAAUUUUAUAGUCAGAGAUAA